AUGAAUAAUCUUCUAUUCACCACUUCACUAGUAUCUCACAAGCAACUCCUCUGCACUUUCUCUUCUUCAUCAGUAGAUAGACUCAGCUACUCACCAUCAUCACCCCCUUUUCUUCACUUUCCUACUUUGCCCUCAAGAAAACCAAGAAUUUCAAGAAGGUCCAUCCUCACCGCCCAAUCCAAAGGCAGCAAUUCAGCUGAUGCCCCUGACCGCUUAAUCUCAGCCAUUACUUACUUUUACCCCUUGUUUGAUGGCAUACAGUAUGGAAAAUAUGUCAUUACACAGUUCAGUCCCUUUCAGACAGUUCUUCAACCCUUAUUCCCAGCAAUUAAGGUUUUCAAAAGCUUCCCUUUUAGUGGGUUUUUGGUUUUCUUGACCCUUUAUUUCGUUGUUGUGAGGAACCGCAAUUUCAGUAGGUAUGUGAGGUUCAAUACUAUGCAGGCUAUUGUUCUUGAUGUGCUCUUGAUUUUCCCUGAUCUCUUGGAGAGAACUUUCAAUCCAAGAGAUGGAGUGGGCUUGGAAUUGAUGAUGAGCUUGGAUAAUACUGUGUUCUUGUUCCUCUUGGUGUGCUUGAUUUAUGGCUCAUCCUCUUGUUUGUUAGGUCAAAUCCCCAGAUUGCCCCUUGUUGCUGAUGCUGCUGAUAGGCAAGUUCUUUAA